AUGGAUUCCAGCACCAAGGCGGAAGCCGGCGCUUAUCACAUAGACUUCGCGGACAAUCAGACUGCUGAUUCAUACAACACAACGCUUCGAGGUGAUAAAGGCGUCUUUUUGGAUCCCGAGUCCGGCAAAACGGAGGAAUUGAAGCUCACUACAGACCAAAAUGUCGUUCUGGUUCCCCAGCCGUCAGACGAUCCCCAGGAUCCGUUGAAUUGGAACUUUGGCAAGAAACAUGCCGUUCUAGCAAUUGUGAUUGCGUGCUCUUUCCUACCCGAUUAUGGUAGUGUCACCGGUGCUGCAACCUUGACACUGCAAGCAGAGGAAUACGGAAUCUCGCCCGAUGUGGUCAACCAUUCACAAUCCGGGAACCAAUUCAUGGUCGGCGCGGGAGGAAUCAUUGCUGUUAUGUUGUCUGCAUACUUUGGUCGUCUGCCGGUGCUUUUCUGGUUUAUGGUCGCUGCUUUUGCAACAGCUGCUGGCCAGGCGGGCUCGAAUGGCUUCGUAGGAUUCUUCGUACCACGAGUCAUGAACGGGUUUUUUACGGGAGUCGCUCAAGGAGGCGGCUUGAUGUUCAUCAAGGACUUGUUCUUCCUUCAUGAGCAAGCGCGCAAAAUCAACCUUUGGCAGUCAUGUGUGAUUCUUUCUCCUUUCAUCGGCCCUCUUCUCGCAUCAUUCAUGACCAUCAGCCUAUCGUGGCGGUGGCCGUUUUGGCUAUAUACGAUCUUGACAGGUCUCGCUCUCAUGGGAGUAAUCUUUUUCGGUCAAGAAACAUCUUACAACCGCCAAAUUCCACCACGAGAGCAGCCAGCCCGUGGAUCCCGGUCGCUGCGGCUAACCGGCGUUGAACAAUGGCGAUCCCGCUCACAGAGGAACACAUUCGUCGAAGCUGUUUCACGGUCUUUUAUUGUUCUUGGGCAACCAGUAAUCCUUCUUACAAACCUCUACUACGUCUGCAUUUUUGCAUGGCUCGUCGCCAUCAACGCGACGCUUCCCAUCUUCCUUACUUCCCUGUACGGAUUUGGACCUAAGCAGAUCGGCUUUUUGUACUUUGCUCCCGUUGUAGCAGCGAUCAUCGCUUAUACUCUAGGCCACUGGCUCCAUGACGCACUAGCGAGUAGCUACAUCCGAAGAAAUCACGGCGUAUUUCACCCCGAAUCACGUCUCAUAAUUGUGUGGCUCGCUAUGCCUUUCAUGCUCUCCGGUCUGGUGAUAGUUGGCUUUGCGUUGCAGCGCCACUACACUUACAUGCUAGUCGCGCUGGGCUGGGGCCUAUACACCUUCGGCAUGAUUAUCAACUCCGCCAGCGUGAAUCUGUACGUGCUGAAUUCGUACCCGGAAGCCAGCGGUGAAGUUGGCAUGUGGAUUAAUUUCUCGCGCACUGCCGGGGGGUUUAUUAUCAGUUACUUUCAGGUAGAAUGGGUUAGUCGUGUUGGGGCAGAGGCGACAUUUGGUACCCAAGCAGCUAUUUGUGCUUUUGUCUUUCCUAUUAUUAUUUUGUUGCAAUUCCGUGGUAUGGAGUUGAGGGCUUGGGGUGGAGAUUUGAAUUUCAAAACGGAUUAG